GUAGAGCGAGAGAGAGAGAUGAGGGCAGCUGGAUAAAGGAGUUUUGUUGUUGAAAAAGCUAAAGAGAAUAAGAUGGGAAGAGAGAAGGAAUUUAAGAGAGUGAGGGGGGACAUUCUCUAGUUUUCCAGCUUUUCUUUUGCCUCCUUAUAUGGUCAAAUGAUGACUGUGGAAUCAAUGGGCAGAGGGGAGUGGGUUGGAACUCCGAGAGUAAGAGAGAGGGAAAGAAUGAGAGGGGAAAGAGGUGAGAAGUGUAGAGGAGAGGGGUGUUCAGUGUCGUGUGCUUGGGACACUGGGGACUUCCAUGAGAGGCAGCCGGACACAAACCACUGGUCAGCAAAGCGAGACAGGCCAGGCACAGAGAGGGAUAACCAGGAGUCUUAUCAGGGCUGAACUGCUAACAGCUACAGAGCUUUAGCGGGGUGGGAUUCCUGGUGCCAAGAUGACGGAGCGCUAUGACUGCCACUACUGUAAGGAAUCCCUGUUUGGUAACAAGUACGUCCUGAGAGAGGAGAACCCAUACUGUGUCAAAUGCUACGAGAGCCUGUACUCCAAUACCUGUGAGGACUGCAAGAAACCCAUCGGCUGCAAUACCAGGGACCUGUCCUACAAGGACCGCCACUGGCAUGAGGAGUGUUUCCAGUGCUUCCAGUGUAAACGGUCUCUGGUGGACAAGCCCUUCUCCACCAAGGAUGACCAGCUGCUCUGCACUGAGUGCUACUCCAAUGAGUACUCCUCCAAGUGCCACGAGUGCAAGAAGACCAUCAUGCCUGGCUCCAGGAAGAUGGAGCAUAAGGGUAACAGCUGGCAUGAGACCUGCUUCACCUGCCAGCGUUGCCAGCAGCCCAUCGGCACCAAGAGCUUCAUCCCCAAGGAGAACCAAAACUUCUGUGUGCCCUGCUACGAGAAGCAGUUUGCCAUGCAGUGUGUGCAUUGCAAGAAACCCAUCACUACUGGUGGGGUGACCUAUCACGACCAGCCCUGGCAUAAGGACUGCUUCCUGUGCACCGGCUGCAAGCAGCAGCUGUCAGGCCAGCGGUUCACCUCCCGUGAUGACUUUGCGUACUGCCUCAACUGUUUCUGCAACCUGUACGCUAAGAAGUGUGCCUCCUGCACCACCCCCAUCAGCGGUCUGGGUGGCAGUAAGUACAUCUCCUUUGAAGAGCGUCAGUGGCACCAUGACUGCUUCAACUGUAGGAAGUGCUCCGUCUCCCUGGUGGGCCGGGGUUUCCUCACCGAGCGUGACGACAUCCUGUGCCCUGAGUGUGGCAAAGACAUCUGAUUUGCAGGCAGCGAGUGGCCGACAAAUCUGAUUGGAUAGCAAUGAAACAACCAGGAAGAAUGUUUUAAAAUAAUAGAUUUACAAAAUCAGCGAGGAACCAUAGCAAUGAGUCCCAACAACAAUCCGUCAGAGCACAACUGAAUAUAUAUAUCAUAAUAGCACAAUAUACUAUUAGGCUACUAACCCAAUAUGCUAUUUGAGUUCUAAGAUAUCUAUUUGACAAUCAUAGGUUUUUGUGUCAUUGGUCUUAGAUUUUUUGGUAUGCAACAGCAAAUAUUGCUUUCUGUAUUCCCUGGCUUGAUAUCCAAUAUCAGUUUGAGGUUUUGCGCAAGAAUGUCUGCUGUCCUAAUCUAUUAUAUGCUGGUAAGAUUCAUAUAUUCAGAGUUUAUGCAUUUAGAAAGGAAAGUCUACCGAAAUUACACAAUUACUGCAGUCUAUGGAAACAAAUAUGUAAUUCUGUAAUUUGGUUGGAAUAUCCCUUUACGUUUUGAAAGGUUAUUUUGUGGUGCGUAUGAAGGAGCACCAGUUUCUAAGUAAAUGAGCUCCAAAGUAAAUGUGAACUAACACAAAGGAACAGGUUUACCGGGCUUUUACACUGGUGCAAAGUUUGUAAUGUUAUUCAGAUGGGAAUAAAACAUAAAAGCUACAACUAAAGAAAAAUAUUAAAUGUUAAUAACAGAAGUGUAAAUAAUGACAGUUUGAUAAGCUCAAUUUAUCAUCCCAAAUAAAUGUCAAGUAUACAUUUGAGGCUGGUGCAAAUGCCUGGUAACUCUAUGUGCCUAUAAACGUAAGAGCCGACACAGCACUGUCUGUAUAAGUCAUUUUCCAAGGGCGCCGAUGAAAAGUCUGUGUUUGAAAUCCAAAUAAAGAACUACAAAAAGA